UUUUCUCGUUGAAUUUUCUAGAGGAAGAGAAAAGAAAUUCACGGAGGGAAGAGAAAGCGGUAAAGGGAAAAGUACCCAGAAGAAAAACUCAGAAGAUUGUUUUGUGCGAAUGAAAAACUAAUCGGAAGAUGAAGGACCCAUUGGUGAGGACGAAGGUGUUAGUUCGGCACUUGCCUCCGUCUCUGUCUCACUCCGAUCUCCUUCAGCAAAUCGACCAUCAACUCGCUGACCGCUACAACUGGUUUUGCUUCCGUCCGGGAAAGAACAGCCAGAAGAAUCAGAGGUACUCUCGAGCCUACAUAGACUUCAAGCGGCCUGAAGAUGUUUUCGAGUUUGCUGAAUUCUUUGAUGGACAUGUGUUUGUUAAUGAGAAGGGGUCUCAGUUCAAGGCUAUAGUUGAAUAUGCACCCUCACAGCGUGUUCCAAAACCAUGUACCAAAAAGGAUGGCCGUGAAGGGACUAUAUAUAAAGAUCCUGAUUAUUUGGAGUUCCUAAAACAUAUUGCGAAGCCUGUUGAGCAUCUUCCUAGUGCAGAAAUACAGCUGGAAAGAAAGGAAGCAGAACAAGCUGGUGGUGCAAAAGAGCCUCCUAUUGUUACCCCCCUCAUGGAGUAUGUUCGUCAGAAACGAGCUAUUGGAAGUGGGACCCAGGUUUCAUCAGUUGUUCGGAAGGUUAGAAGAAGAGCAGGGGCUGCAUCUCUUAACAAACGUGGCUCAACUUCUACAAAACGGGUCUCUGAGAAGAAAAAGUACAUAUUAAAGGACAGUGCUAAACAUACAAGUCGAAAAGACAAGUCAACUUUCACUGUGGUCCCCAGGCGAGAGGAUCAAUUGGCCAGUUCAAGUGGAAAAGAAACCUUAGAAAAUGAAAUUGGUUCUGUUUCGGGAAUCCCUGUGAUUGCAGACUCUGGAAAGAAGAAAAUCCUACUCCUUAAAGGAAAAGAGCGUGAAAUACCUUCUGCUUCUGAAGGUAUGCUACCACAGGGGAGUGUAACAUCCGUUGGAAGUUCUGUUUCAACUGCUCCAAAGCAGAACCAAAGGCGUGAGGCUGGUGGAAAGUUGAUCAGAAGCAUACUUUUAAAUAAUGAGGGACGCCAAAGUCAAAGUUCAACCGAAAUUCAGCCUCAGCAGAAAAUUCUAAGUCUGAACUCAGACGUUAAGCGGGCGUCUCGGCCCUCCAAUGCAAGGUUAGGGUUGAAUGGUCAAGUCUCUAAUAAUGAGCCUAACUCAAUGAGCUCUGAAGGGGAUAGAAAGAGGGCUGCAGUUGAUAAAUUUUCAAAGAAGGACCUGCAUGGUACCACUAAUGUUAGUGAGAAGCAAGAAAAACAUACAAGAAACAAGGAUAGACCUGAUCGUGGUGUUUGGGCUCCUCUUCGUCGUGCUGAUAGUUCACAUGCUAGUGAUGAGCAUUUGCCAUCCGUACCACAACGUCCUCAACUGCUCUCUGAUUCCUUUGAAGUUUCCCAUGGAGAAGUGAAGGAUUGUACCUCUUAUGGAAGCAGGACUGGGGAAGUUAUAAAUCCUACAAGUGGACGUAGUAGUUCUCAUGUAGAGAAUGGUUCACAAAGACAUUUUGGUCGCCGUGGAAGUGCCCAUAAUAUAAAAGAUGAUGGUUCUAUAAAUGUAAGUGAGGGAAAGCCAUCUAAAAGAGGUGCUACUGUUCAUGGUGCCCCUGAGCAGAAACAAGUGUGGGUUCAAAAAUCAUCUUCAGGUUCUUAGAAUAACCAGGGCUGAUUCUUUCAUUCAGUCAGAACACUAAAUUCCUCAUAUGUCCCAAGGCAAUCAUCUCUGUUAUCGUGGCUUAAGGCCUCUACUGAAGACGUGGAAAUGGGGGCUUACCUUAAAGGAGAACUUUUGGUUGGGCCAAAUUAGGACCAAAUUUUCUUAUGGUAUGAUCCAAUUUGUGCCGGAUGGCCGGAUAGCAGCAUGCUCAUUUGGAGUGCUGAGUUACGAGCCCUAUGGACAAGAUGACAAAAGUCUUGAGAGAUGGUUUGACUUUUAUCUUCAUUGCAUGACUUUAUCGUUAAGUCAUAUGUAUAGUUUAACUAGUAAAGUAUUUCCUCAGGGGAAAAUACUCCCAAGUCCUGAUUGUUGUGAUGUAUAAGAAUCUUCAUGUCUAUCUACCGACCCGUGAUUGUGAACAAUGUAACAUAAACUAAGGAACAUUUUGGUAAAGAUAAAAUUAUGUACAAUGGUUAUUUUGUAA